CCGCGACUUCCGUCUCCGCGGCGGGUGGGGCCGGCUCCUCGCGGCGUGCUGGCCGUGGCCAUGGGGGAGACCGGCGCGAGUGGGGCUGGUGAGCGCGCGCCGGGACGGCCCGAAGCGCAGGCGGAGGCGGCCGAGCUGCUGCCCUUCCUGGCGCCGGGUGCCCGGGCCGACCUGCAGGCGGCAGCGGUGCGGCACGUGCUGGCUCUGACCGGCUCCGAGCCGGGCCGCUCGCUGCUGGCCGGGCAGGCGGCGCUGCUGCGGGCGCUGGUCCAGCUGGCGGGCGCCCCGGCCCCGGCCCCCGCCCGCGACGCGGCGCGCGCACUCGUGAACCUGGCUGCCGACCCCGGCCUGCACGAGCCGCUGCUGGCGGCCGACCCCGGGCUGCCGGCCCGCCUGCUCGGCCUCGCCCUGGACCCGCAGUGGCCCUGGGCCGACGAGGCGGCCGCCGCACUGGCCAACUUGAGCCGCGAGCCCGCGCCGUGCGCCGCGUUGUCAGAGGCGCUGGCGAGCGCCGACCCCGAGGGCUCGGGCCUGGAGCGGAUAGUGCGCGCCUUGUGCACCCCCGGCUACAACGCGCGCGCACCCUUGCACUACCUGGGGCCGCUGCUCUCCAACCUCAGCCAGCGGCCGGCGGCGCGCGCCUUCCUGCUGGACCCCGACAGGUGCGUGGUGCAGCGGCUGCUGCCUCUUACCCAGCAUCCGGACUCCUCGGUGCGCAGGGGCGGUGUGGUGGGGACGCUGCGGAACUGCUGCUUCGAGCACCGACACCACGAGUGGCUGCUUGGUCCCGAGGUGGACAUCCUCCCCUUCCUGUUGCUGCCUCUGGCCGGGCCUGAGGAUUUCUCCGAGGAAGAGAUGGACCGGCUGCCCGUGGACCUGCAGUACCUGCCGCCCGACAAGCAGCGGGAGCCUGAUGCCGACAUCCGCAAGAUGCUGGUGGAAGCCAUCAUGCUGGUGCGUGGGGGUCCUGCCGUGGCUGUGCCGCCCCGGCACACGAGCACAGUGACAUCUGGGCACCCCCUCCCCUCCCCUCAGCUGACAGCCACCGCACCUGGCCGGAAGCUGGUGCGGGACCAGGGAGCCUACCUGAUCCUCCGAGAGCUGCACAGCUGGGAGCCGGAGCCCGCCGUGCAGGCAGCUUGUGAGAAGCUCAUUCAGGUGCUCAUCGGGGAUGAGCCGGAGCGAGGCAUGGAAAACCUGCUGGAGGUCCAGGUGCCUGAGGACGUGGAACGGCGGCUGCAGCAGCUGGACCGUGAGGAGCAGGAGCAGCUGCAGCGGGAGCGGGCCCCUGCGUCCUGAGCCAGCCGCAGGCCCACCUCGGCCACAAGUUCCUGAGGAGGCCUGCUGUGGCCUGGCGGCCCCUCCAGUCCCGCUGCUCAGAGGCUGCAGAGUGGAGGGCAGCCCUGUGCCCUGUGCUGCCAGCGAGAGUACAGGUUGCUCUGCGUGGUUCCAGGGAGCGUGGGGACGAGGAGGAAGUGGGGAGCAGGGGGGGUGGAAAAAACACAUAUUGGUGCCCCCCCGUGGGGGAGCAAGGUGGGGACGGCCGCGCACCCAGCCGUGGGCUCUCCAGUGGAAGCAGCGUGGCUGCGGCAGCCCCACGGGAUCAUGGGUGAAAUAAAUCAUGGUUUUCAAGUUCUUGCUGUAGAACCUCUGAGAA